AUGUCUCAUUCCAGAAGACUUUCUUUAGAACCUGCCAUAGACUCAGUUUCAAGAAAGUUCCGUGACUCUUUAACUCUACAAAGACACGACAACAAACCAGACUUCCGAGAACUCGAUCUCGGCUCUCCCGUCUCCACCUUAAUGCCACGUGUCUCCUCCUCCUCCGCCUCCUCAGCUGCAGCCACUCCCACCAGCAGCUCCGGCUCCUCAGGCUCCGCUUCCGGAAAACCGUCGGUGACUUCUCACAUCGGUAAAUCCCACUCCGGGGAGAUUCCCGGUUCACCCGGAUCCGGAAUGCCGUCGGUUAAGAGUCUUAAACCGGGUCACAGGAGAUCCUCUUCCACCGGAACGCCGUUGAUCUUCUCCGGCUCUAGCUUCUACUCGGCGACGACGAGCGGCGCCACGUCCGCUCUCUCGCCGAGUCAAGGCUCUUUACCCGCCGGCAACAUUUGCCCGUCGGGUCGGAUCUUGAAAACCGGUAUGGCGACUCGGAGCUCGACCAGGACGGAGACUCUCUGCACAGGAACGGGUAACUACGGACACGGAAACGUCGUGAGAAGCGCCGCCGGGAAGCAGAACGGUGAAAGCUCGGCGGAGGAGUUGAAGAGGUUAGGGAACGAUAUGUAUAGAAGAGGGAACUUCUCGGAAGCUCUGUCUUUAUACGACAGAGCAAUCUCAUUGUCACCGGAAAACGCAGCGUUUAGGAGUAACCGUGCGGCUGCUUUAACGGCGUCAGGACGGUUAGGAGACGCCGUUAGAGAGUGUCUUGAAGCUGUAAGGCUUGAUCCUUCUUACUCUAGAGCUCACCAAAGACUCGCUUCACUCUAUCUCAGAUUGGGAGAAGCGGAGAAUGCUAGACGUCAUCUUUGUUUCUCCGGUCAGUGUCCGGAUCAAGCUGAUCUCCAACGGCUGCAGACGCUGGAGAAGAAUCUCCGGCGAUGCUGGGAGGCUAGGAAGAUCGGAGAUUGGAGAACGGUGGUCAAAGAAACUGAUGCUGCUAUUGCUAACGGAGCUGACUCGUCUCCUCAGCUUGUAGCUUGUAAAGCUGAAGCCUUAUUGCGUCUUAACCAAAUAGAAGAUUCAGAUUUUUGUGUAUCUUGCGUUCCAAGAAAUGAUCAUUACCACUCUCAACCACAAGCUAAACUCUUUGGUAUGGUCGCUGAGGCUUAUGUCCUCUGUAUCCAAGCUCAAGUUGAUAUGGCAUUAGGAAGAUUUGAGAACGGUAUUGUAAAGGCAGAGAAAGCUGCGAUGAUUGAUCAGACCAAUCCUGAGCUUGUGUCGGUUUUAAGUAAUGUUAAGAUGGUUGUGAAGGCACGUACACGUGGUAAUGAGCUGUUCACUUCGGGGAGAUACUCUGAAGCGAGUUUAGCUUAUGGAGACGGGCUUAAACACGAUGGUUCCAACUCGGUUUUGUAUUGUAACAGAGCAGCGUGUUGGUAUAAGCUCGGUUUGUGGGAGAAGUCAGUUGAAGACUGUAACCAAGCGCUCAAGAUCCAUCCUAGUUACAUCAAGGCACUUCUAAGAAGAGCUGCUUCAUAUGGAAGGCUUGGUCGAUGGGAAGAUGCGGUUAGAGAUUAUGAGUUUGUGAGAAGGGAACUUCCGGGAGAUGGUGAAGUCGCAGAGUCUUUAGAGAAGGCGAAAACCGCGGUGAUGACCAGAAGUCAAGAAUCUAAAAGCUUAGGGUUCAAUAACGAAGUUGAAGCGGUUUCUACUUUGGAUAAGUUCAAGAACGUUGUCUCACUUCCCGGUGUCUCUGUGUUUCAUUUCAAAUCAUCAUCAAACCGACAAUGCGAAGAGAUCUCUCCCUUCAUUAACACUUUAUGCCUCCGGUAUCCAUUAGUACAUUUCUUCAUGGUGGAUGUGGAGGAGAGCUUGGCGUUGGUGAAAGCAGAGAGUAUCAGGAAAGUUCCAACGUUUAAGAUGUACAAGAAUGGAGACAGGGUUAAGGAGAUGAUAUGUCCGAGCCACCAGUUUCUUGAAGACUCUAUAAAGCACUUCCUCUUGUAA